CGCAGUGGGUAUGCUUGUGAAUCCUGCCGUUCACUGCAGUUCACAUCUUGCACUUAAAGAUUUUCAGUCCCAGACAGGCUAGGCAAGGUGGCUAUGGUACUGAAAGGUAAAUUAAGGAAAGGAAACACGCGCACUGCUUGAUCCUGAGGCGAGAUUUCAUAAGCUCCGCACAAAGAUAACACAGAGCUUAAGAAGAGUCUGCCGAAGUCUGGUUUCACUUCACAGCCACGGCGGAGAGAUAAUGAACAUCAUCUGGAUUGCCGCGAUCUUUCUGUCCCGCGUACUGCAGGUGGACGCCAGCACCGGCAUAUGCACCAACUGUUUAGACAUGCCCAUUCACCGCAUUACCUCCAGGGACAGUACGUCAGUGAGCUGCCCCAACAUGACAGGUCAAGAGGUCAAGUACCAGCUGUGGAGGAACAAGGAGGAGAUCCGCUCCGUCAUCUGGACGCCUCAGAACCACACCGUGCCGGAGUUCCAGGCCCAGAACCCAAACAGAAGUGCUCGCUUUAUCCUCUCGCGGCUGGCCGUGAACGACACAGGGAUCUACAUCUGCAACGCCGAGCAGCGUUACCCCCCACCCUACAUCGCAGCUGAAGGAACGCGCAACAUGGUCGUUGUCCAAGAGCUGCCCCCAGAGGUCAAGGGUUGCCCAGCAGAGAAAGCCUCCCAGGUGUGGAUAUGGGUAGUACUGGGGUUGGUGGCAGCUUACAGUAUAAUAAUGACUGGUGUCGCAGUGGGAUUCUGGCACAACCUGACGAAUAAACAGAACCUCCAGCAUGACUAUAUGAACAUGAAGCCCAGAGCAUUAAGGAAAAAACAGGGCAUUCAACAUCCUGUCAGGAAUGGCAAGUACUGAGGAGAGCAUUGUGGGAACUGAGGACUCUGGUUAAAGGUGCAGUGUAGGUACACUGCCUAUGAUAUGGCUGUCCGCAUGGACAACUACACUGGAUCAGGCAUGCACAGCCGCUAACACUGGAUAUUGUAGUCUGUUGUUUGACAUCAUGUUCUGUCCAAAAAAAAAAAGAUAAACAGCAUUAUAGGCAGCCAUUAUCUUAGACUCUACUGAGGGAGAUUGUUUCUUUUUUAUAUUUGCUUUAGAACCUUCAAGAAAUUGAGCUCAAAAAUUAAGAAUGAAAGCUAUUGGAACUAACUUGGUGAACUCCCAGGAAAAGGGAUUUGAUUAAAAAGUCAAAUUCCGAAGGACUCAUUGUUGGAAUAUUUGAUCAUAUUCUUGAUUCUGUUUAAAUAAAAAGAUGCCAAAUUAAUUUAAAUGAGGAAGUUAUUCGAAGCACUGUUGCUGGUUUGGUCAGCACAGCGAACGAAUAAACAAACACAAAAUGGUGGAAUGAAUAGGGAAUAGGGUAAAAGAGCAGGUGAUACAGAUCAGAUGGUUUCUGAAGAGAGAUGAAUGCUUUCAUUUCAUUUUAACGCUUUGUUGUUUGGCCAGCCUGUGUGGGGUUGAUUACACUAAUAUGCAACAUUUUAUUGCUAGACAUCAGAAAGCUUGUGUUAAUAGAAAUGUCCUGUACCCCACCAACCACAUUGUUAUGCAGUCAUUUAUGAAAGCCCUGAAUAAUGUGGGGGACUAUAAAUGGUUGAAACACAGGAAUUUUAUGGCGUAGUCAGUUAAUUACUUGUAGAAGCAGAACAAAAUAUUUUCUUAGAAUUUAUAGGACUGUCUGGUUUGUUAACCAUUAAGUCUGUGAUUUGUUGUUACUAUUUGAAUUAACAUUCAAAUUAUAUUGUUUUCUACUUAGCAGUAGCAAUAUGUGUGUGUGUGUGUGUGUGUGUGUGUGUGUGUGUGUGUGUGAGUAUGCAUGUGUGUGAAAACGUUAUUUGCUAUAACUUCUUUGAUCUAACAUGGAUCUCAAUAUCACAUUUUAAAAUGUAAAUAGUGAUUGCUGACUAUAAACUGAUUAAAGAGGUUCUUUAAAAGAUA